CGUCCCGGUGCGGGGGUGGGCUGUCCUGCGUUGUUUUGUCUCGAGCAGGGGUGUGUGGCGGGACUUUGGGGGUGGAGAGAAGCCCCUCCCUCCCUCGUCCCCUGCAGCCUCGUCUCCCGAGGAGGGCGACCCCUGGCAAAGGCCGUGGGGGACCGAAGGGCGCUCUGUUGCGGUGCCAGGGGUCCCCGCGUAGGGCCCACGGGUGCCCCUUGUCUAGGGCCGUUUCUGGGUGUCGGGGUCGGUGCCCCAGGGCGUUUAGAGACUGGGAUUCUUGGGUCACACUCACAGACAAGCCUUGGAAAUGGGAGCCGUUACAUUUUUGCUCCGCCUGGAGGCAAGGAAUCUUCCGCAGAAAUACAGCUCCCAGCUAGAGUGAGGCCUGAAUACCGCCUUGGCCCACGAUGGCCAGAGAAUCGAAGGAAAGCGCAGCCCUGGACGCCCAAUCUGCAGAGGACCAGAUGGGGCUUCUGGUCAUAAAGGUGGAGGAGGAAGACGCCUCUGCCUUUGCGGAGGAGGCCAGAGUGAGGAGCAGCCUGGUUCAGGGCUCGGAGCACUCCCGCCAGCGCUUCCGGGGCUUCCGCUACCCCGAGGCUGAGGGGCCCCGCGAGGCGCUGAGCCGGCUCCGGGAGCUCUGCCGACUGUGGCUGCGGCCCGAGAUGCACAGCAAGGAGCAGAUCUUGGAGCUGCUGGUGCUGGAGCAGUUCCUGACCAUCCUGCCGGGGGACCUCCAGACCUGGGUGCGGGAGCAGCAUCCCGAGAGCGGGGAGGAGGUGGUGGUGCUGUUGGAGUAUUUGGAGAGGCAGCUGGAUGAGCCGAUGUCGCAGGUCCCAGGUGGUGACCAGGGGCAAGAACUGCUCUGUUGCGAGAUGGCACUGUUGGCACCAUCCCAGGGGUCACAAAGUAGCCAAUUCCAGCCAAUGAAAGCUCUGCUCAAGCAUGAAUCUCUGGGAUCCCAGCCCUUACCAGACAGAGCUCUCCAGGUUCCUGGGCUUGCCGCGGGAGGGUGCUGCAGAGAAAACACGGUGGGAGCUGCCAGGCUCUCCCCAGAGCCCCAGGGGCUGCUGAAAAUGGAAGAUGUGGCCCUGACCCUCACUCCUGGGUGGACCCAGCUGGAUUCACCUCAGGUGAACUUCUUCAGAGAUGAAAGGCAGAACUGUGGUGGCCUGAUCUCCCUGGGUGGUGAAACACAGACUAAGAUCAGGGACUUGCCUCCACAAGAGGAACAUCCAGAACAGGAGCCUGGGGAAAUACCGUGCCACCUGGGUGAAGCCCUUGGCCAGAUUUCUACAUGUGAAGCAGCUGGUGAACAGGAGGGCAGGUUACAAAGAAAGCAGAAAAAUGCCGCUGGGAGGAGACGGCACAUUUGUCAUGAAUGUGGAAAGAGUUUUGCUCAGAGUUCAGGCCUGAGUAAGCACAGGAGAAUCCACACUGGGGAGAAACCCUAUGAAUGUGAGGAGUGUGGCAAAGCCUUCAUCGGGAGCUCUGCCCUUGUCAUUCAUCAGAGGGUCCACACUGGUGAGAAGCCAUAUGAGUGUGAAGACUGUGGCAAGGCCUUCAGUCACAGCUCAGACCUUAUCAAACACCAGAGAACUCACACUGGGGAGAAGCCCUACGAGUGUGAUGACUGUGGGAAGACUUUCAGCCAGAGCUGCAGCCUGCUUGAACACCACAGAAUCCACACCGGGGAGAAGCCGUACCAGUGCAACAUGUGCGGCAAGGCCUUUAGGCGGAAUUCACAUCUCCUGAGACACCAGAGGAUCCAUGGGGAUAACAACGUUCAGAAUCCUGACCAUGGAGAGAGCUGGGAGAGUCAGGCUAGGAUGGAAAGCCAGGAGGGACAUAUUGAGGCUCCCGUGUCUUAUAAAUGUAAUGAGUGUGAGAGAAGUUUUACUCAGAAUACAGGCCUUAUGGAACAUCAAAAAAUCCACACUGGUGAGAAACCCUUUCAGUGUGAUGCAUGUGGAAAAGGCUUCACCCGAACUUCGUACCUUGUUCAACAUCAAAGAAGUCACACUGGGAAAAAAAUUCUGUCACAAUGACUCAUUGUCUUAACAUGCCAAAGUUGGUGCUCAUUCCUACUGCACUGAAGCCACCCUGGAGCCCUUCUGACUGCAGAAAUUGUGGGCUGGGGCUUAAUUUACCACUACACGUCAUCGGGUAUUUGUUUGAAAAGAUAGAGUCUGGCUGAGAGGAAGUAUCUUCUAUUCUAGAAGGUGACUGAAAAAACCAUAUUUGAUAGGACGCUAUGGGAGAAUUGUCUGGAAGACAUAGGACCUGAAAUGGUUUGUUCUCACCUAUUGGACUUAAAAGGGCUUCCAGCCUGGCUCCUCACCCUCAGCCAGCACAUUUUGAUAUUUCCUGGGUGGAAGGCUGUGAUUUGGGGACUGCUGCUCUGACUGUUCGUUUGCUAUAAUGAAUCCUCCAUGGUUGGUCAGAUUCGUGAAGUCUUACGCUCCCCACUGUGCCUUGUACACAGGUGCUAAUAAACAUUUAUUAAAUGUA